CUUGAAUGAUGAUAAUUUAAUCUUCAUCGAUUAUCAGUUUUCAAGGCUAAUGGCGACUUAUUUAAAAACAAAAUAUAAAGUCAACUAGACUUUGUUUACAUCAUAAAAACGCUUAUCCAUUUCUUUCCUUUUGAUCAGACAUUAUAUAUUUACAGUUUAAUGUCAAGAGAAAUCAUAUACUUUGUGAAAUCUACUAGUAUAGCUGAAAUUUAAUGUUUUACUGUAUUGAAAUAUUGGCAGAAUUCGCAUCUUGUAACUUCAUGUUAUUUUCUAACAUAUUUGGGAUCAUCUAAAUAUGUAGUAGGUUAAACUUGUGUCUCCUUCCUUUUGUUGUUGGCUCUCAAUUGCUGAAGUAAACACUUGUUGAAGUUAAUUGUAAAUGCUUUUUGUUCUAUCAAUUAUUUUAUCACUUCUUGUUAAAAGAGAACUUAUUGCUUGAUUUUCUAAAAGAAAAUACCAUUUCUUUUUGGAUAUAAACAUAUGUGUUCCAUCAAUGAAUCAAAACAUAAACCCAUCUAAAUAUUCUCAGCAAGAAAAGUAUGAUAAUAUAUUAGACAAUGGGGACCAUAAUAUUACUGAACUGAAAGAUGUUGCAUUGUGUAAUAAAUCAAUUGAAGAUAAUAUGCAUGAAGGAAAUCUGGUAAUGUUUUCUAAGAAUAAAAAUGCAAGCACUUGUGAUAUUUUUAACAUGCAAAGCAUUUCUAAAACUCCAAAUUCACCUGAAUCCUCUCAGUUCAAUGGUUUACAUGUUAAGGAUUUACCUCUUACAAAAAGUUCCCUGGAAUUGCUUUCUAACAAAGAUGGCUUUUUGGAGGAAACUAAUUCAACUUUGGAUUUUUAUUAUCCUUCCAGAAUUACAAAGCGACCACCAUCUACAUCAUCAUCUGAAUUCAGUUAUACAGCGGGUGGUUUUGUUAACAAAUUUUUUGUUACUGAUGAAGAGCGGGUAGAAUAUAUUGCUGCCAAAAGGAAAAGAAGAUUUGAAAAAGAGUCUCAAAAGUUAAAGCCUAGCAAACAAAAAAAAGUCGAUUCUGAUACUUUUUGCCCUGAGACUUACUCUCCAAACUCUCUAGUGGACAAUAAGUGUGAAACUGAUAAGGCUUGGGCAUUUCAGGAUACUGACUAUAAAAAUAAUGACUUGCUCAAAGAAGAGGAAAAACACAGAACUGAAAGAACUUCAUUAUUUAUUAAUAGUGAAGAAUUAAUCACUUCAAAAAACUCAAAAGAAAAAUCUUAUACUAAAGAUAUUUCUGGAGCUUCAUCUGUCAUUUCAUCUAAUACUGCACCUGUUUCAGUUACUGAUUUACUUUGCAAUAUUGAUUUAUCUUCAUUACUAGUCCAUCCUACUCAUGAAAAAAAAUCUCCUCAAUCAUUAAGUUUCCCAGUUUCUACCGCUUCUGCCGAUUUAACUGCACCCACUGUUCAUGGAACAAAUUUAGAUGGUAAUCAUUUGAGUGUGAUGACCCCUAUUGCAGCUAUAGAAGUGGAAUUACCUAUUGUAACUAUUGAAGAAUCAGACAAAUUAAAUGUGAAUUCAAACACCAACUUUAAAAAUGAUAAAAACAAUGUGGCAACUGAUGUAGAAGUAAAUUUACUUACUCAUAGUGUUUGUUUAAGUUACCCUGUAUGUACUUCCUCAGUUGAUACAACUAACACGGCUACUAUUAACUUAAAUCCAGACUUUAAUUGUUCCAAUGUUAUGAAUUCAACAGCUGAAAAUUUUAGUUUUCCAGUUUCUUCUUCCGUACUUGAUACUAUCGUCCCCACUAAUGUGAAUUCUAGUGAAAAAUGUUCAAGUCAUUUGAAAUCUGCACCAUCUAAUGUGGAAUCUUAUGUUUCUGUAUCCUCAUCUUCUAACAACAGUAAUUUCAAAACAAAUUUAGAAGUUGCAAAUGUCUCUGAAGACAUGGUUUCAAAUGAAUCUUUAAGGAUAUCUGAUUCUGGGGAAAUAAAAUUUAUUUCCGAUGAUAAUCCUGGAGCAGUUAUUGCUAAUCAAUUUACUCUUGCUAAUUCUGAAAUUGAAUUUGUCUCAAAUUCUUUAUCUGAGGAAAUGGCAUCUAAAAAUAGUUUAAAUAAUCAGCUAUCUGUAAUACCAAGUGAGAUAGCUUCAGGUGAAAUUUUAAAAGCUAAUAAAGAAAUUAGUCUCAUUAUUAAUCAUUUAAAUGACUCUGCAGAUUUAUCAUCAAUUAACACUUCUUUCAUUAGUAAUAAACUGAGAUCUUUGGAUGAAUUUGAAACACAUAAUGAAAUAAAUGCUAACUCUAAAUCUUCAGUAACAAAUGUUAUAAGUACUUCCUGCUCAGCAGAAUUCUCCAACUCAGUAUCUUCAGCUCAUGUUGUUGAAACUAAUUAUGACUCUAGUUUUCAGUCUAUUGAUGUAUCUGAAUCAAAUUCGUUUAAUAAUGCUAUUUUAAAAGAAUCAGCUGAUGAUGAAUGCUCAAAAGCAUCACAUUAUCCUGUUACGGAAUCGAAACAUAGUUUUGAUUCUGAUUCAAAAUCUUCUGUUAUUUUUAAUGGUGGAAAAUCUCAUCACAUUGAAGAAAAUAAAGUGUGUUUGGACUCUGAUAUUAAAGCAGUUAGUCCUAAUGUAAAACAGCUAAAUUUUUCGAUUGUUUCUGAUAUUUUAAAUUCCAAUAAAGUAACUGCUUCAAACUCUAUGUCGCAAGUUGAGUUACCGAACCUGACUCUUGUAAAUGCUAAUUCAGAUAAAAAAUUGACUAUUUUUGAAAAUUUAACUUCACAUCAUACUAAUUUUAAUAACUUUGAGAUAAAUAAUAUUCAUUGUUCUUUUUCUGAUUCCAGUUCCAUAUUAGAGGAAACAAAUAUCAUUAAACCUAAUGAAACUGAAGCUGAGAAAAUUUUAUCUUUUUCAAAGGAAAUCAGGAAGUUAAAAUGUACUGAUGUUGCUUCAGUUCUAAGCGUCUCUGAAGUUUCUAAUGCUACUAUGUCCAAAGACAUUGUGAGUAAUAGCUUUUUAAGUGAUAACAAGAUUGACAGUCUUGCUAAUGACAGUAAUGUUAGUCAGAAUAUUCCUUUAUUUAGUGAAACUUCAAGUUUUAAAGCAGAAGAAGAAAUUUUAAGUGAUGAUGUUAAAUUCAUUGAUAAUGUAUCAAAUAAGAGUAUAUCUGUAAAUACCAAUCAUAAAUCUUUAAGUAUAUCUUCUCUUAGUCCUGAAAAUAGUCUUGCUGUUUCAAAACAGAUCAAAAUAACGAAAGUGACUGAUGAUUUACAGAAAGCAAAUUGUAGAGCUAACCUGAAACCGUCUGGGACUACGAAAAACAUCAAUACCAAAUCAUCAUGUGAAUAUUUUGAUAGAAAAUGCAGUCCUAGUACUUCCAUUAAUUUUCAUUCUUUUUUCAAUUCUGUUGAUAAGGAAUUGUCAGGUUCAUUAAAAAAAACUGAUUCAGAUACCUCCGCACUUAAUCACAAUAAUGACAAUCAUAACAGUGCAGUUGAUGAAAUACUUUCUGAUUUAGACAAUUCUCAAAAUGUUUUAUCUUGCUGUUCUAACUUAAGUGGUGUUGAAAAAGAUGGGCAGUUUCCUUCUGAAAGUAGUGACAUUAAAUUGAAAUCUCAAGAAAGUGACAGUUUUAACAAUUUAAGUUCUGUGUCAAAACCUCAAAAAUCUAGAAAGUCAUUUCCUCCAGUUGGUAAGGCAAAAGCAAAGAAGAGUUUUCCUUCAUCUUGUAUAUUUACAGCAGCUGAUUUAAUUUCUAACACCCGCAAUCUUCCUCUAAUCAAUAAGAAACGGAAAUCUACUUUUUCCAUUUUAUCGUCAGAUGAAAAUAGUUCACAGUCUUCAAGAAAAAGUAGUAAAAUACUGAAAAAAGAAGAGUCUGAGAGCUCUAAACAAACUGAAAAACAUGACAUGCCAGAUAUUAAUGUGGUACAUUUGAAUUCUAAUCAGACAAAUAGGAAUAACAAUGAGAAUUUAUCUAUGGAAGGUGAAAUUGAUAUGCCAGACUCUAAUAUGGUACAUAUACAUUCGAAUGAGAUGUCUAGUGUUAACAAAAGCAGUUUGUUUAUGGAAGGUAACAGUGACAUGCUGGACAUUAAUAUUGUACAUCCACUUUGUAAUCAGAUGGACGGGGAUAACAAAGACGAGUUGUCUAUGGAAUAUAAACUUGACAUGCCAGACAUUAAUAUGGUACUUUUACAUUCUAAUGAGACAAGCAGGGAAGACAAGGACGGGUUAUCUAAGGAAAGCACUGAAAAUGCACCUGCUGUAACUUCUGAACAAAAUCAAGAAGGCAACAUAGAUAUUGGGAAUAACCCAACUGAAGUAGUUAAUGAUAAAUUACAGAUGUUAUGUAAUUUAAUAUUUGCAGAGGACACAGAUUUUAAAAUAGGUGAAGAACCAAUAUCAGUCCUCGAAAAUGAAACAGCUGUUAAUCCAAUUGAUUGCAAUUUAGACUUAAAUAUGACUGAAAGUGUUUCUCAAGUAAAUGUUUCCGAAGUCCUCCUAAAAAAUGAAGCAUCUGAUAGGUCUUUAGUUAAUAAUGAAAUAAAAAACACAGAGUUCAGUAAAAUACCAUUGUUAGAGACUUUGAAUGCGUCUGAUAUUCAUUCACCCCAAGCUGUACCAAACAUCUUGAAUGAAUAUGUUACUACAUCAUUUGAUAUGGUUCAGAACCACAAAGUUAGUAAAGAUAUCCAGUUAGAUUUAGAGUUGAAUAAUUCAUGCCAAAGUGAGCAAGAAUUACAGAUUGAGGACAAUAUAAAUUGUGAUUUAAGCACAAAUGAGAAUAGUAAAAAUUCUUUUCAUGAAGAAGAAAAUAGUAUAACUAGUCAGGAGGAGACUGCAACAGCUGUAACUGAUUCAAAUUUAAUACUUCCCUCUGAAAUGGAAUCUACUCCAAAUCUCCAUGCGGCAAAAAAAACUUAUUUAAAACCAUUCACAGCUGCUAUGAAAUCUAUUAGUGGUCAGAAGCUACUGAACUCAUCAAGUACUGGGAAAACUGCACUAAAAACAUUUGCUAAUAAACAUUUAAAUCGAAGGCUCUAUGAUGCAAGCCCAAGUGAUAUUAUCAAAGAUGGCUCUGCAAUUUACAUCAUGAAAAAUGCAAGUGCAAAUGGGUCAUCGUGUGAGGAAAUAUCUGAUGAUGACACAAAAGUUCCUGGUGAAUGGUCUUCACAGGAAUUAAUUCAUUCAAAGUCAUUUUGUACAUGUAUUAAAGACGACGUACCUUGUCUGUUUGACGGAGAAUCCUUGCAGCAAACGUGUGAGGGAGAAGAUACAGUAGAUGGAAAUAUUGUUCCAUGUUCUCGCCAAAUUUAUACACACUCCUUGCUUUCACCUUCACAAAAGGUUAAAUUUCGUAUAUUCUGUGAUAUUCAUCUUUGGAGACUUAAACACCACCACUGUUGCCCAUGUUGUGGAAUUUUCUGCACUCAGGGUAAAUUUCUGAUGUGCCAGUGUGAAAAUGUAGAAAAGCAUAAUGAAGAGAUUCAUUUAUUCCACACUGAUUGUUAUCUUGUACCUCGUGCUGGAUUGCCACCUGGAUGUCCACAUUGUUGUAGAUUUACAAAUUUUGAUGAAGUACAAUUAGCAUUGAAAACGUUACCCGAAGAAAUUAGUAAAAUAGAUUCUACUGUUCGAAACUUGACUGGCCAUUUGAAGGAUUACUGUAUCUCUAUGAAAAUUGUGAAUGUAGAAAAUGAAAAACCAUUAGAAACCUUGAAAUAUAAUAUUCCAGAAAAGGAGGAGCUUAAAUCAAUGCUGAUGGCCAUUAGUGAUAAGUGCCUACACUUAAGACCUACUGGAAAAUGUCUCUACAAUCCUAUAAAAGUAGGAGAUGUGAAAAAAGUUUUACAACUAUUAGUGAAUGGGGUCAAUCCGAACCAUAAAUUUAAAACGCACAAGAAUAAUACUCCUCUUCAUAUAGCUGCAUAUUUUGGCUUUAUUGGUAUUGUUCAUGUUUUACUUCAGUAUGGUGGUGUGAUAAAUGCUGUAAAUGAUGAUUUAGAAACUCCACUUAUUUUGGCUGUUGAAAGAAAGCAUAUAGCUGUAGUUCGCUACAUGAUAUGGGCUGGUGCUGAUAUAAAUGCAAAGACUGAAAAUGGUUUGACUGCUUUUCAUGCGUCCUGUAAAAGUGGUUGCAAAGAUAUCGCUCAGCUUUUGUAUGAUGUGGGAAACUUUGAUAUUAAUAUUCAGGAUGACGGGGGCUGGACACCACUUGUAUGGGCUUGUGAAUACAAAUACUUGAAUACAGUCUUAUGGCUGUUGGAACUUGGUGCUGAUCCAAAUAUUCGAGAUAGUGAAUUGAAUAUUGCAUCUCACUGGGCUGCUUGUUCUGGAGAAAGUGAAAUACUUAAUGUUUUACUUGAUAAUGGCUGUAGCUUAAGUUUUGUCAACAGAAGAGGUGACACAGCUCUUCACAUUGCAGCACGAAAGGGUCACUAUUCAUGUGUCAGGCUCUUACUGGAAAGAGGAGCUCCUACAGAUAGAAAAAAUGAAGAUGGAGAAACACCAUCAAUGUGUUGUGAUGUUGGAACUAAAAGCUAUAGAAUUAUUAAAAAGUAUCAAUCUCUUGUAUCUAAGAAAAAACGAGCUCCUUUAGAACAUGUAGUCUUCAGAGAUAUCUCUCUAGGCUUAGAAAAGUAUGCAAUCCAAGUUGUAAAUGAAAUUGACAGUGAAGAGUUUGUGCUGAACUUCCGCUAUGUAGUUAAAAACUGCCAGUCAUCAGAUAUAAGUAUUGUCACGACUAUUGAUAGCAUGAAAUGGUGUCCUUGUAAAAGCAACUGUGGUACAGGUGAUUGUGCAUGUGCUCCUAAGUGCUGGUAUGACUCUAAUGGUUGUCUUGUAUCAGAUUUUAAUAUAGCUGAUCCUCCUACAAUAUUUGAAUGUCAUAAGUUAUGCCAUUGCCCAAUUUCAUGUCUCAAUAGGGUUGCUCAAAAAGGAUUGAGAACACCUCUUCAAGUUUUUCGUACUUUAAAUCAAGGUUGGGGUGUCCGUUCUUUGAAGAAUUUAAGUAAAGGAGCAUUUGUUUGUGAAUAUGUUGGUGAGUUAAUUAGAGGGGAUGAAGUUUAUGAUCGUGAAGAUACUUAUAUUUUUGAUUUAAACAGUAAGAAUGGCGACUACUGCCUUGAUGGUCGAUUUUAUGGAAAUGUUGCCAGAUUUUUUAAUCACAGCUGUGAGCCUAAUUUAGUAGCUCUGCCUGUCUACAUGCAACACCAAGAUCAAAACUUCCCUCAUAUUGGACUAUAUGCUUUGCGGGAUAUCCCUGCUUUUGAAGAACUAUGUUUUGACUAUGGACCAGAAUUCUGGAUAACUAAAUGUCAAACUAUAUUAUGUACUUGUGGAUUUUCCAGUUGUAAAUAUUCCAAAGAUGCCAUUGAUGAUACCCUUGAAACUAUAUAUUGUGCAAAUAAAAUUCUGGAUUCAUAUGAAACUGAGGUUGUAGAAGAAACUGAUGCAGUGACUCAAUCAUUUUUUAAGCCUAUUGAAACUGAUGACGAAUUAAAGUCAAGACAGUUUUAUACAAAUAAUUGCCCAGGGUCAUUAUCAGAAAAUAGAGAAAUAAAUGCUGUUGAACUAAAUGUUAUGUCUACAGAAAAUGAAUAAUUGCCAGAUUAGCCCAUGUUAAAUAUUGUGAAAAUGAUAUUUUCUAUCAAUAGCCCAUGUUAAAUGUUUGUGAAAGUGAUAUUUACGUAAAAACAUCCUUUAGUUAUUUAUCAUAGAAUUUGUCACUCUUCAUUGUUCUGCCAGUACAAAUAAUCAAAAUUAUUUUUCUUAUUCAAGAACAUUUUUCAUGGUCAUCAUAUUUGGUUUGUCAUGCUGAAACUUUUCUGAACAUGGUUCGACAGCCUCCUGCAGGUUGAGGUUUUCUGUUGAAGAUUCCUUUAGGGCAAUUUAUUUUUUGACAUAAGUUGCCAAUUCUUUAACUUAACCACUCUAAAGUCUAAUUAACAUUGUUCUUUUGAGUUCCAUUGUUGUUUUGAACUUUCUCUUUACUGCCUAGUAGGCUCUGAAACAAAAUUUGUUACUGUUUUUUUCCAUCUAUUUUAGCAAUAUGAGCAUCACUGUUCAUUCUUUUAAUUUAACUAUUCAUUUUUUUCUUUUAAUUCUUUUCAAAACUGUUAUUUUGUGUUCUCCAUUAUUAAAUGAGGCCAGGUUUUUGGACCAUACACUAGGAACAGCCUCAUGUAAGUUUUAUCGAUAAACGAACAAUAUUUUUUUCUGAAAAUAAAACUAGAUCGCAAUUAAGUGGGGAAUCCAUAGAGUAUUGUUUUUAAAUUUUCAUUUAUAUUUUAGUUUUAUUUAGGAAUUUGUAUGCUGAAGUAUGUCAUUUAAUAUUGCAGGAAUAGUAAUAAAAUUGAUAACUAUACAACAAUUAUUUUGAAAUAACUGAUAUAAUAUUUUUAAUCAACGUUUUUUUUAUUUUAAGAUAGGUCUAGCUCUUGCACCCAUUUCUAAGCUCCACAUAUGGUUAGUUGUAGAGUUAUCUGUUAUUGCAUUUCAAAAAUAUAACUAAGUAACUUAGUCAUUAAAAAGCAUGCAUUACUUGAAUUCAAAUAAUGUUGUUUUAUAUCUCUUCAAUAUUAUGCUGAAAAUAAUGCCUGCUUUGAUGGAGUUUUCAUUAAAAAUGUUUAUAAGUGUAAUUACAUUGGAGUAUUUAUUAUUUAUAAAAUUUUAUGCUGUAUAGUUAUAAUCACUAAAAUUAUUCUUAUUUACUUUUAGGAUAUCAUGAUAAAAAUUCUGUUUAAAUAAUUAUAAGAAAACUAAUUUUACAAGAUAUCUUAAUGAAUUAUUAAAAAUGGUUCUCCUUGAGGAUGCAGGGAUUAGUACUCAAGCGGCAAAAUUAUAUGAUACAAUAAUUUUGCCUCCUGAGUUUUUAUCCAUGCUUUUUGUCACAUUUUAAACUAAUUUUUUUUUUUUUUUUUUUUUUUUUUUUUUUUUUUUGCUGUGUUAAGAAACUGAUUUUAUCCCAUUUCAUUUAAUAGAAUGACAAUAUCAUAGCUCCCAACUUUUAUGGUUUUUCAGAGCAAUUUUUCUUAGUAGUAGUAUUGUAUGAUUUAAGGUUAGGAUGGCAAGGAUGGUUUUCAAACUUCAUAUAAUUUCUUCCUUUAACUUUUGUUUUACACUUUUCAAAAUUAUGUAUUGUCAUUUAUAAUUAUUGUAAAAUGUUGUCAGUUAAUCAGCACUAUUAAGAGAUCUCUUUAUAUAUAUUUGUUGCAGAAAAUAAAAUUCCUUUUAACCUUACCAUCUUACAUUUUAUUUUGCUACAUUUAAAUCACCCAUGUGCUAUAGGCACUUCUCUGUCAACAAUGUUUUGGAUUUAGGCCCUAUAUAACUGGUACUUAAAAAAGAAAAAUUUCUGAUAUUAUCGCUAUAAUUGUUUCUUGUAAUUGUAAUUUUUUUUGUAAAUAAUGUAUUAAUUUGUAUAGAAUACAUAUUUUGUUGAUAUUUUUUUCUUUUAAAAAAACUUUAUUGUGUUUAUUUUAUGAGAAAAGUUGUGUGCUCUUAUUACAAUUUGUAUUAGCGAUUGUGAUAUCAGAAUCUUCAUUGUGCAGAAGCCUAUAUUUUAGUUGCGCAUCCCUUAGAUAUAGUCUAUUUUUUUACAGGUUUCAAAUUUAUUAUACUGAUAAUUCACUUAUGUUAUUUUACUUCAGUUAUAUUAUUUUUAAUAAUGCACAUUUUAACCCAGCUAAAAAUCAACUGCAGAAAAUUUAUAAAAAUAUUUCAGUUUGAAGACUGUGGUGAUUUAACCAAUUCCGCUACAGAAUUUUUGAGGUUGAAAUACUGCAAAAUUUCUGCAAUUUGUAAACUAGUAAUUUUGUAGUAGUAUCAACCUCAAAAAUUUUACAGUAAAUAUGUUGAGCUAUUAGAUGGUGCCAUCUGUUGUUAGCAAUAGGAAAUACUAAACUUUCUUUUUUAAAGAAAAAAAGCUUUUUUUUUGUACUUAUUCAAAUAAUUAGGAGCAUAAAUUUAGGAGUGUGAGGCACUAUUUAUAUGUUGAAAGAAUAUAAGAAAUAUUAAGAUGUCUUUACUAGGUUUCCCAUUCUCUCAGUCGUGAAGUUGACUGAUUAGCCCUCUCAUCUACAACUCGGUUACAACCACUCUACUACGAACUAAAUGGUUUCAUGAGGUAGGCCCAGUUUGCGCAGAUAAAAUGGUUCUUUGUUUAAUCAUACUAGAUUAAAACAGUUAAUAAAAGAUUUAUCUCUGAAAUAAUAGUUUGAGUACCAUCUUUUUUAUGGUUAUUUAAUUGUU